UUUUAAAAUAAUCAAAAUGAAGCAGGUGGAAAUAGUCACACAGCCAUGGGGUCAUUUACAAUAAAGGAGGGAACAUCAUUCAGCACUAGUUUACAACAAAGAUCAUCACCUGUCUUCAAGGUCCUUGCCUUCGAUAUUCAACAAAUGAUAAAUGAAGUCUUUCAAGCAAGUCAGUUGAAAAAUGAAUUUAAGAGUUCUGAAGUUUUGCAGUUCAAAAAUGGCAGUGUUAUUGUGAUAUUCACCCUUGCCUUCACACAGUGGGUGUCUAAUGAGAAAAUAAUUAAUGAAAUGGUUUCAGGUGUUGAAGCAAAGAAAGCCAGCUUUUUGCAUACAGUUAACAUUGAUGUGAAGAGCAUAACAAUCACAGCAACUGCUGAAAAUUUCACUCCAAGCUACUCUCCAACCUCAUCAGCAGAUCCUGUGUUCACUACAAUGGCCCUUCCAACAACUUCAGGUUCAGCAGAACUCACUACCAGCAAAUCCUUAACAACUUCAGUGAACUGUUUCCCUCCUGAUGAACCUUGUGCUGAUACCAUGACCUGCAUAAAAAAAGACUUAUUUUGUGAUGGAGUACCAGACUGCCCAGACGGUUCAGAUGAAGCGGAAAAAAGAUGUGCCACAACUUGUGAUGGAAAAUUUGUGUUAACUGGCUCUUCUGGGUAUUUCAACUCUCUUAAUUAUCCAAAGCCCUAUAAUUCAAAUAUUAUUUGCCGAUGGAUUAUACGUGUGAAUCAAGGGUUAGCCAUUAAACUAAACUUCACCUCUUUUGAAACGCAACAAUUUGGAGAUACCUUGAAUAUUUUUGAAGGGACUGGACAAAGCAAGAUUUUAAGAGCAUCACUACAGGGAACUAAUCCUGGUGUUGUUCGCAUCUUUUCUAAUGAAGCCACAGCAGAGUUUGCUACAGACUAUUCUGAAAAUUACAGUGGCUUUAAUACAACAUACAGCAUAUUUAAUACAAGUGAGCUAAGCAAUAAUGAGAAAAUUAACUGCAAUUUUGAAGAUGGCUUUUGCUAUUGGACUCAAGCAUUCAAAGAUGAUGGUGAAUGGGAGAGAAUCAGUGGACGUACCUUGCCUUUAAUGACUGGUCCUAAUUUUGACCAUACAUUUGGGAACCUAUCAGGAUUUUAUAUUUCAACACCCACAGAACUUGGAGGUGGGCAAGCGAUAGUCCAGCUUUUUAGUUUGCCUUUAGUUCCAGCUUCAGAUCCCGUCUGCCUAAGUUUUUGGUAUCAUAUGUAUGGUGUUAAUGUGUAUCGUUUAAGUGUUAACAUUAUGAAAAGUGACAUGAUAAAAAAGACAGUUUUCCAGAAGGAAGGAAAUUAUGGAAAUAACUGGAAUUAUGGUCAAAUAACAUUAAAUGAGACAUCUGAUUUUCAGGUGAUUUUUGAAGCUCACAAGACACGUGGUCUAAGUGAUAUUGCCCUGGAUGACAUCAGUCUAACAAGUGGAAUCUGUAAAGAAAGCAUAUAUCCAGAACCAACUUUGGUUCCAACUGUUGCUACUACAACUUCACUUCCCACUGACUGCGGGGGACCAUUUGAACUUUGGGAACCAAACACUACUUUCAGCUCUAAAAAUUACCCAAACAACUACCCCAACCAAGCCUCCUGUAUAUGGUAUUUAAAUGCUGAAAAAGGAAAAAAUAUUCAACUUCAUUUUCAAUAUUUUAACCUGAAAAAUAUUUAUGAUGUAGUUGAAAUCAGAGAUGGAAAAGGAGUGGAUUCCUUGUUUCUAGCUGUUUAUACAGGACAAGCCUCUUUUCCAGAUGUCUUCUCUACAACUAACCAAAUGACAGUGUUCUUCAUUACUGACAAAACUGGAACUAAAAAAGGAUUUUUAGCAAACUUCACUACUGGUUACCGUCUUGGCAUGCCUGAGACCUGUGAACACAAUGAUUAUCACUGUGGAAGUGGGGAAUGUAUUCCGCUAGCCAACCUCUGUGACAAACUCAAGCAAUGUAAAGAUGGAUCCGAUGAAGCAGAGUGUGUACGUCUGUUUAAUGGUUCUUUAAGUGUCAAUGGGUUGGUACAAUUCAGGAUUGAGAAUAAAUGGCAUCUAGUAUGUGCAGAUUACUGGACUGAGCAGAUUUCAAACAAUGUCUGCCAACUGCUAGGACUAGGGAAUGUGAAUACAUCAUCAACCAAGUCAUCCAUUGGAGGUGAUUCAUUUGUAAAAAUCACUGAAGCAGAAAACCACAGUGUAAUAAUGACACCAAGCAAACAGUGUCUCAAUAACUUAGUGAUUCAUCUGCAGUGUAACAAUAAACCAUGUGGAAAAACACUGAUAACUCAGAAGAACAGUGCAAGGAUUGUAGGAGGAAAUGAUGCCAACAUAGGUGCUUGGCCUUGGAUAGUCUCACUACAUUAUAAUAACAGACAUCUUUGUGGAGCUUCCCUUGUCAGUGAUGAAUGGCUGGUCUCGGCAGCACACUGUGUAUAUGGGAGGAAUUUAAUACCAUCUAAAUGGAAUGCUGUACUUGGUUUGCAUACUGUUUUGAAUCUGACAUAUCCACAGACAGUAAUUCAAGUGAUUGAUCAAAUUAUCAUAAAUCCCCAUUAUGAUAAGCGCACAAAAAACAAUGACAUUGCUAUGAUGCAUCUUCAAUACAAAGUAAAUUUUACAGAUUACAUACAGCCUAUUUGCUUACCAGAAACAAGUAAGAAUUUUUUGCCAGGAAUUAAUUGCUCUAUUGCUGGAUGGGGUAGAACUACAAAUGAAGGUGCCCCUGCAAGCAUAUUGCAAGAAACAGAGGUGCCUCUAAUAACAAAUGAGAAAUGCCAACAACAGAUGCCAGAAUAUAAUAUCACUGGACAUAUGAUGUGUGCAGGUUAUGACAAAGGAGGAAUAGAUUCCUGUCAGGGAGAUUCAGGUGGACCCCUGAUGUGUGAAGACAAUGGCAGAUGGUUUUUGGCAGGUGUAGUAUCCUUUGGCUAUGAGUGUGCACUGCCCCAUCGUCCUGGGGUGUAUGUCAGAGUCACAGAAUUUGUGGACUGGAUUAAAAAAAUUAUUCAUUAGCUUGAUUUAAAAAUAAAGGAUGGAAAUACAGUUUCAAGGUAAAUGUGGAGGAAAGAAGCAUAUGCAACAAUGUAUAACAAUGUAGCAUUCAACCAUUAAAAAAACUGAAAAACUUGUCUAAACGUAAAUUUGCAGCUGAAAAAGUUGAAUAUCAAGAACUCCCAUCAUGAAUAAAAAGCAUUUCAAAGCAGCACUUUUAUCAGUGAUUCUUACCAUUUUACAUAGAUUGUUAUAUAAUACCUGAUUUUACUGUGUCAACAUUAUUCUUUAGUAACUUGAAAAAAUGUCCAUGCCUGAUACACUAAGGAAGCUUGUAAAACAAAGUCCUGGAAGCAAUACAAAAGAUAAAUUCCAGGCCAAAUAUGUUUGCAGUUUUUAUACUCUCCUUCCCAAUGGGCAUUCUCAUUUCAAAGCAUAGUGAAUUCUGCUGAACACUUCCCACACAUCAAAAUGAGUUUUUACACUCGCUGUUUAAUCUGAGAUCAUGACAGAUUUCAUCUCUCAACUAUUACAAAAAGCUUUGAAACGAGUUUUAUACAUACAUGGUGUGUAAAUCAAUCUGGUUGCUUUAUAAUGGAUAAACUGAUCCCUGGCCAAAAAUUAUCCUGAGUGUAACAAUUCUGGAAUGAAUGCUUUGAAACAAAGGGUGAAUGUUGUGCCUUAUACUUUCUUUUUUGGCAAACAUCCUGGUAUUUACUACUGAACAAACUACAGAUAUGUGCCUGUGUGCAGGCAUAUGCAUACACACAAAAUUCAAAGCUCUUUUUUCAUAAAGUUUAAUGUUCUAAAAGCAUCUAAUGAACAUCAGCCAAUUAUGCAAGUUGAAAAAGAAUGAAGCAAAUUGCUUCCUUGGUAUAAGAGCUGAUUUGGGUCAUCACCCUAGUCGUUUUAAAGCAUUUUUCUGUUAUAUUGGUUAGGGUGAACAGUCUAUUAGAUUUCAAAUGAGGGAAGUAUUAAUGUGCUUCACAGUUCUAAUUUCUUGGGUCCUUCUCCAGAUAUUGUUUACUUUAAAUGUAAACAAAAGUCUCCAUUUGUUAAUCAUUUUAUGUAAGUUUUUUCAAACAAAAUCACUCUAGUGUGAUAUGGUAUAUUUGUUUCUGAUUGUUGGUUGUUAUAAAUUAAUUCAACUCUAAUUAAUUCAUGAAGCCACAUAAAAGUUCAAAAUAUUAUAAAAUUUUUAUAUAGGACUUUGCACUGAUGCUUAUGUAACUGAGUGUUCCUGCAUAACUGAGCCAUAACUGAGUAUAAUGGCUUCUGAAUAAGAGGCUUAUUGCUGUUAAUAUGAUAUACGAACAAGAGUCAAUGAUUUGACAAACAGUCUUUUUUUUUUUUUGCUUCAGCAGCCAAAGUAAAAAUGAUGAUGAUGACAUUUGGUGUCAACCACAAUUUAAAUAUUUCAGAGUUUUCAGUUAUUAAGAAAAGAUGC